CAAAUCCCUAUGGUCGUCGUCGACUCGUCUCCGGCGUCCUGAUCUGCGUCAUCCACGAAUCCAAGAUGCCAAACUUCAGGCGAUGAAAUUAAAAAUUAAAAAUUAAAUAAAAAAAGCACACAAUAUUCUUUCCUCAGGAGCUCGGGAAAGGAAAAGGAAGAGCUAGCGAAUUGGCUCACUCUCGCCCUUUGGUUCCUCCGAAAUUCCAAUUUCGCGGACGCGCCUUCAAAGAACGUAGUUGCAGAUAUGGCGACGGCCUCGCCGGCACCUAACAACAAUAACAGCAGUGCGAUCUCGAGCGCCUCUACGACCCCUUCUAAGCCAACAACCCUGGCUGCCGCUGCUAGUUCGGGCCAUCGUAUGGACAUCGCUCCAAAAUCGCAACGUGGACAGAAUAAGCCUAAGUGCAGACAGUGUGGCAAUGUUGCUCGUUCUAGGUGUCCAUAUGAACAAUGCAAGAGUUGCUGUUCAAGAAAUCAAAAUCCUUGUCAUAUUCAUGUUUUGAAAGCAAAUUCUAGUCAUUCCGAGAAGACACCAGCUUCUGCUGCUGCUCCUCUUGAUCUGCCAUCCUCAGAACCAUCUCAAUCUGGGAAUGUAAGUAGAGCAGCAUCACUUCGACAACUUUCCAACAGUUUUGCCCAGUUCAAUAAUUUGCACGUCUCACUUCGAUCAAGGAAGCCACUAACCAGAAAGGAUGCUGCAGCUAUCAAUGAAUGGAGACUUUCCAGGUUAAGGGAGUACAAGGAGAGAAACAUUGAAGUGGAAAAUGAAGCUUUUGACCGAUAUAUGCAGAGCGUGGAUUUACUGAAGGAAGUAUUAUCUGUAGAGUCUAUGGAGGACAAUACGCCCUCUGUAGCAGAUUCAAAUCAAAUUUCAGUGGAGAACAACAAUGAAACAAUGAUCCAGAACCUGAAGUUGCAGCUAAGAUCAAGCUCAAUCAGAAGUGACCGUAUGAGAAUGCAAAUACAACAAAUUGUGGAUGAGGGAUUAAAGAAAGCUAAAAAAUGGGCUUUGGAUGGUCACAACAAUGAAUCGAUUGAUGAAGAAGAAUCUAAUCAAGCUUCAAAAAGGGUCAGGACAGAAAGGCUCUCAGUUAUCAGUGAUCUUAUAGAGAAAAUCAAUAGAGCCCGAAAUGAGGAGGAUUUGAAAUCGUGCCUGGAGGUGAAGUUGCAACUUUUCAAUUCAGACAAAGGCUCUUGCACAAUGGAACUUGAAGACAAUGAAACGCCAAAGAAUAAGACUGAUGAUAGUAAUACUGCACCUGCAAAAGAAAUAGACUAUUCUCUACCUAAAUUGGUUGGCACUGCUGAAAUUGAUCAAGAAACUCUUAACAUCAUAGACAAGCAGUUUUCUUCUUUUGAGCAUGUGGAGGAGUUAUGACCUGUGAGGCAAUAUUUCUGAAUGGUUAGGCGUAUCUUCUAGAUAGGAGUAGGCAUCCGAAUGUUGUUGUAUUGUUUUUACCCUCGGAAUGAUGUUGUAUUGUUUACUUACUGCAUCAUAAUAUGAUUAGGCAAAAUCCUAUUUAA